AUGCCAAAACUAGAUGGUACUAUGUUUGUAAACCGAAAACAAGUGGCUUCAAUAGUUUUACAGGGUAUUGUGGAUUCACAAUAUAUGUUUACUGAUGUAUUCGCUGGCUGGCCUGGAUCAUCGCACGAUGCACGAGUUUAUAGAAGAAGUGGUGUUGGGCAAAAACUUUUAGAUGAUCCCUGRACAAUUAUACCAGAAGGUAGCCAUGUGAYUGGUGAUGGAGCUUAUCCUCUAACUGAAGCUCUAUUAAUACCUUAUAAGAAUAUUGGUCACUUGACACCUGCUCAAAUACAUUUCAAUCAAAAGUUGAGUAGUUUCAGAAUUGUUGUGGAACAAGCAUUUGGAAAACUGGUUGGACGAUUCCGUAAAUUGAAAAAACUUGAUGUUUAUGAUAAAUCAUAUUGUGGACUUAUUGUAAAAGCAGCUUGUUGUCUACAUAAUAUAUUAUGUAUGACUGUAAAUGAUGAUUUUGAUGCUGAUACAUAUGAACGAUUUGUCCCAAGGAAUGCCUAUGUUACACAAGAAGGAUCACAAAAAAGAAAUGAAUUAUGCAACCAAUUGUAUAAUUUUAACUGA